GCCCCGCCCGCCCCACUCCUGGGCACGCACCGGGUCCGCUGAGCAUCGUCACUCGUGUCCCGGUGGUGGGGCGUGCGUGUAUCAGUCGUGGGUGCAUGAACACACCGCGCUGUGGGUGCAUGAGCCGCGAGUGCACGGACACGGCGGGGCGCGAGUGCAUCGCCCGCGGGGACAGAGACACGGCGGGGUAUCGGUACAUCGGGCUCUUGUCCUGCUGUGCCGGAGACUGUUGCCAUGACCCUCACCAAAGGCUCCUUCACCUACUCCAGCGGGGAGGAGUACCGCGGCGAGUGGAAAGAAGGUCGCAGGCACGGCAUUGGACAGCUGACAUUUGCUGAUGGCACUGCUUACGUGGGGCACUUUGAGAACGGGCUCUUCCACGGCUGCGGUGUGCUCACCUUCUCUGAUGGCUCCAGGUAUGAGGGGGAGUUUGUGCAAGGCAAGUUCAAUGGCGUUGGAGUCUUCACCCGCUGUGACAACAUGACCUUUGAGGGCGAGUUCAAGGGCGGGCGCGUGUAUGGCUUCGGGCUCCUGACCUUCCCUGAUGGCUCCCAUGGCGUGCCCCGCAACGAGGGCUUCUUUGAGAACAACAAGCUGCUGCGGCGGGAGAAGUGCACGGCCAUCAUCCAGAGGGCCCAGGGUGCCUCCAAGUCUGCCCACAGCCUGACAGCGUGAUGGUGCCCCACAUCCCCUACCACCAGAGCAGGGACCCCCUACUUGGGCACUGCCUGGCCCUGCUGGCCCUGGAGAAGGGAACUGGCACUUCUGGAUGCCUUUCUGCCCUUCAUCCCUUCCAAGCGUCCUCCUGCCAAGCCCUUGCUGCUGGAGGGGAUGGGACCCUCUGCUCUCCACCCAAGUGCCCUGGGGCAGCCGUGGUGCCUUCUCUUUCUGGCUGUAGCCCUGGCACCUGCUGGAGCAGCAGAAGGACAGGGUGACAGGGGCUUGGCCCCUCUUUCCCCGGGAAGACUGUGGAACAGUAUGGCUGCUAGCCAGCUGCAGAGGUUGGAGAAGGGGGUAGAGACUGGUCCCUGACCCCACUGCCAGGGUGCCUUGGCUGGAAGCUGCUGACCAAGCCACGUGUCCCAGAGGGGCAGCUCCUGGCUCACUUUGCUGCCCUGGGGGCAGAGUGGGCACCCCGGGCAUACUGUGGGCUGCACCCUCAGCUCUGGGUGACUGACCAUCCCCCUGCAUGCCCAGGGUACAGUGAUACUGUGUCCUCAGAGAGCCCAGCCUGCUCUCAGGGCCAGCCAAUAGGCUGUGUUCCCCUCAUCCCUGUGCCAAUCCACCCAUCCACCCACUGCCUUGGGGACAUCAGCAGCAGCAUCCCCACCAAGAGGGACUGGGGAGUACCCAGCCUGACACAUGUCUGCUGCACGCUGGUGGAGGAUGGCAGCAAUGGUGAGCGAGCAGAAGGGUCAGCUGGAGCCUGGAAUGAGGGACACGAGCAGGGCUGUGGGGGCCAGGGCAGGGUGGGAGGGGAUAGAGGUAUGGCAUAGGGGCAGGCGUGGGGCACACAGUUCCCCACUUUGCCCCCCACAUGCAUCCUUCAUCUCCCCACUGCAUGCUCACCGUCCCCCCCGGUGCGGUCUGGCUGGCUGUGGCACAGGGUCCCGGCGCUGCAGGGACCGUGCCCUCCCUGCCAGUCUCUGUCUGCUCCGGGUCCCGUGCCUUGCUGUGACCCUGCCUUGUGCUGCUGCCUGCACGGGCCUCAGCUGAGUAAACCAUGUUGCCAAA